AUGUACGCCCUGCAAAUGCAAACAGCCUGCCAAGGCAAAGGCAGUGGUGAACCAGAAGAUUCAAGCAAUCAUCGCCAACAGGAACCAGCGCGACUUGCUGCACAGGAUUGCAGUUCAUUCGACAUUGUUAGGGCGACACAGUAUGGCGCUUUAGAACGAGUUACGGAAUUGUUGGACAUCGGGGUGGAUGUAAAUCAACCCGAUAGUGAAACAGUUACACUAUUGCAUUGGGCUGCGAUAAAUAAUCGCAAAGAAAUAGUCAAAUACCUUAUCGCCAAAGGGGCAAUCGUCGAUGCCAUUGGAGGAGAACUUGCUUCCACACCUCUGCACUGGGCGACAAGGCAAGGUCACUUGUCAACAGUUGUGAUAUUAAUGAGGGCUGGAGCUGAUCCAUCUUUAAGGGACUGCGAAGGUUCCUCUUGCAUACAUUUGGCUGCACAGUUCGGCCAUACAGCCAUAGUCGCUUAUCUAGUCGCCAAAGGAGUCAACCCAAAUAUAUCAGACAGGAGUGCGAUGACCCCCCUUAUGUGGAGCGCUUAUAAAGUUAACAGCUUUUGCAGCCUGGAUCCAACGCGUCUUCUUCUCACAUUGGGUGCGUCGCAUUCUUUAACUGACAAUUUACACGGAAAUACAGCAUUACAUUGGGCAAUCAUCGCCAAGAACAAUACCGCUAUAUUGACCUUAGUGCAUCAUGGAGCUUCGUUGGACGUUCCAAAUUUCCAGAAUGAGACACCUAUGACACUUCUGGGUCCACAUAUUGGGGCUGCUUGGCUGGGACACAAAGUCACACACGAGAUUAAGGAAAAGCAGGGUCGUGUUAGAACAUGGUGCCGAGAUAAGAGAAUAAGGUGGUACUGCAUGGUGAGCACUCCUUUCAUCCUUUUCUAUGUGAUCGGGAUGAUUUUCCAGAGCAGCCUGGAUUAUCUCUUGAAGCUAGUUGCCUUUGUUGCGAUCUAUUUAUCAAUUUAUUCCGCUAACCACUUUGUCUUCGACGAAAGAUUGUUCGAUGUUCUCCCCAUGUCUAUCUAUUUAGCAACCAAGACAUGGAUUUACCUUACGUGGGUUUUCUGGCUGGGUAUGCACGCUGCCUGGUACUUAUGGCUAAUGUUGGUCGGUGGUUCUGUACCUCUUUGGAUAUGUUUUAUACAGUCCUGGCGCGGUGAUCCUGGAAUAAUCACCGCCACGCAGGAAGAUAAAUUGAACACUAUAAUAGAGCUAGCUGAAUCGGGAGGAUUUGAACCUCAGUGGUUCUGCAGUACCUGCUUAGUGAGAAGACCUAUUCGCUCUAAACACUGUUCGACGUGUGAUAUUUGCGUCGCGAGAUACGAUCACCAUUGCCCGUGGGUCAAUAAUUGUAUCGGUGCCCACAAUCACAAAUACUUUUUAGGGUUUCUGACGUCGUUGCUUGGCCUGUGCAUAAUAAUUUUGUCCGCAAGUGUGCAGUAUUGGCAGUUCGAAUGCUGGACAAAUUUAACGCAUGGUCACACAGCGGAUAAUUAUUUGGUUGCAGCCGCGACUUGCGAUGCUUGGGUCAUGUGGGUUAUGGCCAACACUACUCUUCAUUCAAUUUGGGUUGGAACACUCUUGGCUUGUCAGUGUUAUCAGAUCAUGAUUUUGGGAAUGACGACGAACGAGCGAAUAAACGCAAGUCGUUAUCGGCACUUCGACAAGGGAAAUCCUUUCCAUCGCGGCGCCCUGCAAAACGCAGCUGAUUUCUGCAACUGCAGCUUCUGUGGCCUGGAAGCCAAGCCAAGCUCUGAUUGGCUCCACAGCUUUGAUCUGAAGCACAGCGUCGAGAAACUGCCUCUACUUACCACCAAGGAUAACUUUCAGUAUGUCUAAAGGGUACCAAAAUGUAUAAAAAACGGAGAAAUUGUUACCAAAAAGUACGUAUUAUACUAGGAUAAGAAUUUGAGGCCGACGCAUCAUAUCAUCCACGCUUAUGCUCUUGCGUAACCAGAAAUUAAACGGAUGAUUUUAAAAGAGCCAGUUUCUUCGCCUAAAAAAUCCGGACCUAAUGAAAGGAGUUUCAUUACAAUCUUAACUUGAACUUUGAGCAUUCAAUUAAAUUUAGAUCGGUUUUUUUGGAGUCUAGAAAUUCAAUUUUAAUGAUGGAUUUUCUGCCUCUGAAUUUCGUUUGAAAUAAAUCGAAUCUUCUUAAAGUUUCACGCAGGGCGAAGAAAUUGACUUAAAAGUUUGCAAGGAUCAAAAGACUCGAAACGCAUAUCCGAUAUAAUAGAUAUAAGUUAACUUUAAACAGAAUUUUUCAGUUACUCAAGAUUAGUGUUUUUUUACUUCUGUACAAGUCUAUUUCCAUACUUUUAAAUGUUUUUUAUUAGCUAAUUCAAUGCAAGAUAAAGUUUUCAUUAUUAACAUAUUUAAUUUUCUCUAGAUUAUUGAAAGGAAGAAGAAAGGACUUUUUGAGUUAUCUUUAAGAAAUUAAUAAUUGAGGCAUUCGACGUUUCUUAUAAAAAAAGAGUUUGUGUCAAGUUACGGGAUUGCAAAAAUCUUAACAUCUGUUUGUCAAUAUUGAUUUUAUACGAUGUUAUUUGAAACUGAAUAAUUUUUACAUUCCCUUUAUACAUUGUUAUGGGUAAAUUUUACCACGUGAAGGUAGUUUCUUCAGGAAGUGGAUUCUCUUAAUUCGGUUAAAGAUUACGCUUGAUUUUUUCUGUGUUAUUGGUUUUCAAUUCGAAUCAAAAAAUCCAAUAUUCACAAUACGUGUAUAAAACUGUUUAAAUUCAGUUUGAAUUAUCUUGUACAUUUCCGGUAAAAAGCUCAGUAAAACAAAGAGACGCCAGCGUUACAAAUUUAGCUAAACGGAUGAAAUUAUAAAAAAGCGUGUUGAUUCGACAUAAAAUGCCUCAAUUCUUAUUGAAUAUAAACAAUAUUACCACGUUAACCUUGAAGAUGACAUUUAAUAGUCCGUGCAUUUUUUAUAGAAAAAUUUUUGGGGUUAAUUAUGAUGGUCUACAUGAUGUUUUCUUUGCCAUCUUCGUAUUGUUUGAAAAAAUCUCAACAGUGUAUUUUGUAUCCUGUCGUUGAUAGUGGAUUUCGAAAAUCGUUAAACUACUCUACUUGUAAUCAUGUCCUACCUUAAAGUCACAACAUUUAUACUAUGAUUAGAGAAGAAUAAUAAAUGUCAUAAAAUAUU